GGCGAACGUAACGUCUGGUAACAACGUAACCAGCAUCUGCAUGCAAAUAUCUGACUUUGUAGUGAAACAAAAUAAAACAGUUGUAUAAGUUGUUCAAUUUUAGAUAACAGUAGUUCUUUAAAAUAUUUCUACAUUGUUGUAAGUUAUGAUAACACGAAACUUACGUAAGAUUACUGUAAACUUGGAGGAUUGUUACAGUAGCUUGAAUAAAUUGAUGCUGAAACAAAUGACUUAAGACGCGUGUAAUAAACUUACGGUCACAAACGUUAUUAAAAACAUUAAAUAAACAUGAACUGCACUUUAUUAAUACGAAUGUACAGUUCUGGGUCUCUGCCUACAAUAAAAAAGAGCGCAAAGCUAAUUAGAAACGAGUUUUUGGAUUAUUUUAAGAAAGAUUUAAGUCAUAAUUUCGUCCGAUCAAGUCCAGUUAUUUCAUUUAACGAUCACACAGUUGCAUUUGUCAAUGCCGGCAUGAAUCAGUUUAAAGGUGUCUUUUUAGAUUAUUACGAUGCGCCUGGAACAAAAGUUACAAACUCACAAAAGUGUAUAAGAAUCACUGGGAAGCAUAAUGAUCUAAACACCGUUGGAAAUGAUAGUUACCAUCAUACAUUCUUUGAAAUGUUAGGGAACUGGUCUUUCGGAGAUUACUUUAAGGAAGAAGCCUGUCGUUAUGCCUGGGAUUUAUUAACAAAACGUUAUGGUAUCAAUGAAGAAUCAUUAUACGUAACAUAUUUUGGUGGAGAUGAAAAACUGGAAUUACCAGCUGACUUAGAAUGUAGAGAUGUUUGGUUAAGCAUCGGUGUUAAAAAGGACAAAAUUCUUCCAUUUGGAUUGCAAGAGAAUUUCUGGGAGAUGGGUGUAUCAGGACCAUGUGGCCCGUGUACAGAAAUACAUGUAGAUCACACGAAACAAUUAUUAAAUCGAUCUGCAGAAAUUAACAAAGGAUAUUCAAACCUCACAGAGUUAUGGAACAUAGUUUUCAUACAGUAUGAAAGAUUAUUAAAUGGUGCGAUAGUACCUUUGUCCAAACAUCAUGUCGAUACAGGCAUGGGAUUUGAGAGAUUAGUUGCACUGUUACAAGGAAAACAGUCCAACUAUGAUACAGAUCUUUUUCAACCACUUUUUAAAUCUAUCCAAAGAUAUGCGAAAGUGCCAGAAUACAAAGGACAAUUUUAUGACAAUGCAGAUGAACUUGAUAGCGGAUACAGGGUAUUAGCAGAUCAUAGCAGAAUGAUAACUGUGGCUUUAGCAGAUGGAGUGGUGCCAGAACACAGCAAUAAGCUUAGGAGAAUAAUAAGGAAAUCAAUCGAUAUAGGUGAGAAAGUUUUCAAGAAACAAGGAAUAAUUCCAGAAUUAUCGUAUGUCGUGGCAGAAACAUUAGGCGAUGCUUAUCCAGAACUGGAAACUAAUUUAAAGAAGGUGCAAAAGAUAAUACGAUUCGAGGAAGAAUUGUACAAGAAGUUACGAUCUACUUCUGGCGAGAAAUGGAACAAAGUCGUUGAAAAGCGACCUUCAUUGAAAGGAGUCACUGAAUGGUUGGCUCCAGGGCUGGUAGACGGCUAUAAGUAUCUCCAAGGGAUACUUAACGAUCUGAAAGUUGACAAUGUUUUACCAGGAUGUGUCGCGUUUAAGUUAUACGACACAUAUGGCUUAAGAGUAGAAACGAUAAACGAAUUAGCUAAGAUUGAAUCUCUAGAUUUCGAUGAAGCUGCUUUUCAGGAAGAAUUAGAAAGUCUUAAAAGUCGGUCAAGAGUGGGUCUUGAAAAGAUAAGUGUAACAGUGUUUAAAAAAUCUUUAGAAGUACUUGAAGAAAAUCACAUGCCUAGAACUGAUGACAGUUUUAAAUACAAAUUCGUUUUCAAUGGUUACAAUUAUAAAUUUCCGAAAAUUGAGAGCAAAGUACUGGCAUUAAUUCUAAAUGACACAGUCAUAUUGAAUAAUGCGAAGGAAAAUACAAUUAAAGAUACAUGUUUAACGAUUCACGAUGAAAUCUUAAAAUAUCCAGAAUCAGAGGAAGAUGAAAUUGGUAUUAUAUUAGAUAGAACGAUGUGUUAUUCAGCGGAGGGUGGUCAAGCAUCAGAUAUCGGCACGAUACAGAUGCAGCAUAUGAAUUUUAAUGUGACCAACGUUAAAAAGAUCGAUGGAUACGUAAUACAUUAUGGAAAGUUGCUACAAAAUAAUUUGAAAGAAUGGAUUGAGGAACUGAAAACGGGGAACAACUGUACAGUUUCCAUUGAACCUGAAUCUCGAAUAGGGAUGAUGCAGCACCAUACUGCAGCACACUUAUUGAAUGCAUUUAUACAGAAUACUAUGCAAGCAGUUUAUUCACGGAACUCUGUGGUUCUACCGCACAGUUUAAAAUGCCAGUUCAAUUCCUUUGGAGAGAAACUUUCGUUCGAAAAAAUAAGGGAAAUUGAAGAACGUAUAAACGAUGUUAUCAGAGCCAAUGUACCUGUUACAACAAAGGUGUUAAACGCAUUGGAAUUACUAGCCGAAGAUUCUGUAACGUUAAUACCCGGAGAAAUCUAUCCUUAUAAGAAUAUCAGACUAGUAGAAAUUAAUUGUCCUCAUGUGAAAUCAAAGGAAGCUUGUUGCGGUACACAUAUAUUGAAAACAGGAGGAUUGAGAUAUUUCUGUUUUCUCGAUUACUCCUCAAGAGGAGCAGCGAAUUUAACACUUAAAGCUGUAGUAGGAACGCCUGCACUGAUCGCCAAAUUGACAGGUGAAAAAAUGCAACGUACGAUUUUGGAAUUAGAAAAGAAAUUAAAAAUCGGAGAAAUUACACGGGAGACAUACAAAUCGCUUAGUAAAGAGAUUGCAGAUGAAAUAAAAGAUAAUAAAGAAAUAUCAUACGUGAGUAAAGAAGAGUGUUCGAUGAAAUUAAGAGAUUUAAACAAAUUCAUGGCUAUGCAAGAAAAGGAAAUGGGGAAGUAUUCGAUGGGAUAACGGAGAAUGGAUUGAGAUGUACAAGCAUCACAUUCAAACGAGCUUAUUUGAUUCCUUUUCUGUGACUUCUCGGUCUCUUGUAACAUAUUUCAUAUAACAAAUAAAUUGUUAUAUAUUGUAAUGAAAUAGAAGAAAGUAAUAUAUU